AUGUCAUCUGGUUUUACGAGUGCAAAUUUCCUUUGCCAAGCAUCAACUGACAUACUUCUAUUGAUUCAUCGAAAAAUGGAUACGAAACCAUUCAUGAAUAUCGUCGUUGCAAUGGAUAAAGUGAAUACAAUCGGACAUCAAGGUAAGGUACCAUGGGCGCCAUUACCCACUGAUAACAAGUGGUACUUGACACAUUCAACAACAACGAAAGAUCCAGCGAAACGUAAUGCAAUCAUUGCGGGACGUUCGACAUUUGAAGAUGCUAGUCAAUUCGAUCGAAAGUAUGUUUCCCGAUGGCAUUUUAUCGUUAUUACAAGCCAAUCACUAGAGCGAUUCUUUGACACACAUUCCAAUAUUGAACGAAAUCAUAUUGAUGUUGUUCAUUCGUUUGAAGAAAGUGCUCAAAAAGCAAAAGAAUUACUGGAACAACCGAGUGCUAUGAUUGAAUCAGUUUAUGUCUUCGGUGGUGUUAAACCAUAUGAAGAAGCGAUGGAACGGCAACUUGUUAAACGAGUUUAUCUUACACGGGUUUUUGCAGAAUUCAACGAUUGCGAACAUCGAUUAUCAAAAUUUGAUUUGAAUGGUUUUAAACGAGUAAAACGAUCAAGUAAUGAAUUGAUUUCCGAAUAUGACGAUAAAAUCAUAGAAGAAAAUGGAUGGGAGUAUCAGUUUCAAGUUUACGAACGCGAUGAUUGA